UCAUUUAUGUAAAAAUUGCCACUAGAGGCGCUGAGUACAAAAAAGUGAUAAAGAAAACACAAAACUGUCAAACGCGUGGUUCCGCACAAAAAUUUCACUAAAUUGUAUUUUUUAAUACUUUUGGGUUGAAUUUUGUCGUUUUCACUGAAAAAAUUAUUGAAUAACGGUUAUCGUCCAGCUAAUGGUAAGCGAAGAAUUAAUUUACAGCCAACUUUUAACCAAAAAAACAUCAAUGUUUACACUUUUGAACAGCACUCAACAAUGAACUACGGAGCCCACCACGAAGGAAUGCGAGGACAGAAUUUCUGCAUCAUCGAAAGAUGCAUGAAAAAAACCGGUCAGCUAUUUCCUGUUCCGCAUAAGAACAGUUCUGUUUUCAACAAAUGGAUUAGGAUAGUCUCGCUCAGUGGAUACCCUGGACAUCGUAUAUGCGGGGAUCAUUUUAAGCCCGACGAUUUUCUCAUCGUAAAACGGGUAAAACUUAAGCCAGCUUCGGUUCCAUCCAUUCUUCCCAAUCGGGAAGACAAGUUCUCACUCAAACCGGGAUGUUGCGUGAAAGGAUGUAAAUCACGCAAAAGGCAGUUACUGCAGAAGUUUCCUCCGGCGCGUUCAUCGAGACUUAAACUGUGGAAUUUAGCACUCGGACUUCCAAAAGGCGAAAGGCGAUCCCUCAAAAUUUGUCACCUACACUUCAAGACCUCGGAUUUUGUACAGACAACCCGUCGGUAUCUUAAGCCGAAUUCAGUUCCCAGCCGUGGUAUCAAUUCGAUAAAAUCAAGGAAACUUGUUAUAUACACCAAGGAAGAUUCAGAUGAGAGCGAUAACGAAGAGCGGGCUGUCCCGGAACAUGGAUACUGUUUGCCAUUGAACCUUCCAUGCAGCAGGACUAUUUGCUUCGUCUCUAACUGCACAGCUCGGGCUGGAAAUGGAAUCAAGUUGCACAAAUUUCCCCUUGAAGACCAAGCGUUUCUGAAAAAAUGGACUGCUGCAAUCAAAACUAGAAAGAAACCAAGCAAAUAUUCAAGAGUUUGCAGUCGACAUUUCAAGAACGAUGAUUAUUUACCAGGAGGCAAGCGGCUAAAACCACAAGCCACUCCAUCUCAACACCUACCGCUGAUUGAUUUGUUGAAGCUUCCGAAUCCAUAUAAACGCAAAUUCACAUUGCGUGAACGGAAUUUGUCUCCACCUAGGAACCCACACUCGAGUCACGUUGUUGAGCAGCAUUCACCAUCACCAACAUCACCAUCGGCUAAUGAUGAAAAUGGCUGUAUGUUUGGAGAAGUAUCAUACGUCGAUACCGAUACGAGUCGAUAUGUGACUAAUGAGCUAUCUGAAGUCAUGGAAUGUGAAUUCGAUCCUGCUGAAAUCAAUCACAAUUCAACAUUCGCUAAUCCGGCUAACCCGUGCAUUAAGCAAUGUGAUGCUGAACGUACUACGCACGAAAAAUCGAGGACAGAUAACGUCGAACAGAAUUUCGGAAACGGAUCAGAAAAUCCAGACGGUGUUUUGAAUCGGCUGAUUAAGGAGUUAAAGGGAAAUUCAACUGUUAACAACACAUCGACCAGUUCAUUGAACCACGAAAAAGCGUUCACCUUAACAAGCUUGAUAAAAACUGAUAAAGACGCGAUUGUCUGGACUGGAUUGACCUCUCUGGGCCAGCUUGAUGCAAUUUGUAUAUCUGUGAAAAUUAUCGAGGAUCAGCUUUAUAAGGAACAACACAAAAUGUCUGCGAUAGACAGAGUUAUUCUAACUUUGGCGAAGUUAAAGCAAAAUAUAUCUUUUGCGGCGAUUGCAACGCUUUUUGGUGUAUCAUCUGCUACGGUAGCGCAGUACUUCAACCACACAAUUCAGGUCCUCGCAGAGGUUUUACAGCAGUUCGUCUAUUGGCCUGAUCGGGAUGAGAUAGCAAAAAACAUUCCGUUAUGUUUCCGCGGAAAAUACGAAAAUGUGAGAUGUGUCCUUGACUGCACCGAGAUCCCUGUUGCAACAAUGAAGUGCAUAAAUUGUUGCAUAGCAUGUUAUUCCAGUUAUAAAGGAAUGAGAACGGUGAAAUUUCUCAUUGGAAUAACACCAGCCGGAUUGAUCAAUUUCGUAAGCAAAGCGUACAGUGGAAAGGCGUCCGAUAAGCAGAUUUUCAACGAUGAAAAUGUGCUGGGUCUCCUUGAACCGUUCAAGGAUGAGUUGAUGGUAGAUAAAGGAUUUAACAUUCAGCAAGAGUGCCUUAAUUAUGGAGUACGCCUGCACAUUCCACCAUUUCUGCGAUCAGCGCAACACACCGCAAAGGAUGCUGUACUGAACGAAAGCAUUGCGAAAUCAAGGAUCCAUGUGGAGAGAGCGAUCCAGCGUAUAAAGCUGUUUGGAAUUUUUCAAGACGCAAUUGAUGCCUCGGUUUUGGGGUUGAUUGACUACAUCAUGAAAGUUGUAUGUGCAAUCGUAAACCUAUCAGCCCCAAUUUUGAAGGACAAAAGAUUUUAAGAGUAUUUCUUGGAGUAUUUACCAAUAGGCUUAAGACCGAAUCGCGAUAGUAUAUAUACAUAUAUUGAAGUCGACCACACCUUGAGCCACACUAUCCCAACCAAAAGAAUAAAAAAACGUAUUUCAGCUUAAACUUUUCAA